AUGCCAGGGGACGUCCCAUACGGUCUACCUCAGAGCCCUUUGUGCCUUGCCUUGUGCUCCGUGGAAUCUACCAAGAAUUGCUUCUCGGCCUGCGCGGACACUCAGUUUCACCUGGCAUCGGAUGGAGUGGGGUGGAGUUGUGGUGGUGGCCUGGAGGAUUCUGUCGCCGGAUCUCCAACAAAGACAUGGUCCUAUCCUAGAGGAUGGAUAAGUCCCUUCAUGGUGGCCCUCAUAUCCAUUCUUUUUCAGUUUUUCAGAUCCACGUUUGUCCCUAAGCUUCUUCGCCAAAGUUUCCAGGGUUUCGAAACUGAUGCGUCCAAACCUGAAACAACAACCCACUCAACAGAUAAAGCGAAUACGAAUGCUAACUCUUCCCCGUUGAUAACCGCUCGAAAUCUUGCUAAAUCUGCCUAUUGCUCGCCCGGCCGGCAACCCCGACAAGCAUGGCUUGAAACUUUGAAGCCAGGACCACACGUCCCAUCACUUCAUCCUCCUGUAGGAAUGGUUGAUCUCCAUCCAGAUGUAUUUGCAGCUACUCCCAGGCUGGAUUUGGUCCAUCAGAAUCUCUAUUGGCAAGCGCAUUAUCGAAUGACGGACUGGAGAUGCAUCACUACGCGAGCUGAACUGCCCUAUCGCAGCCAACGAAAACCUUGGCCGCAGAAGGGCACCGGGCGGGCGCGCCAUGGGAACCGGCGUACUCAUAUCUGGGUUGGCGGUGGUCAGUGCAAGGGUCCCAGGGGACCAGAGUCCUUUUUCUUUACUCCCCCGUUUGAGGUCCGGUUAGCUGGUCUGUUGACCAUGCUCAGUGUUAAGCAUACUCAGGAUGAUUUACACAUUGUGGACAACUUCGAUCUGUCGGAAGCUUUGGAACGGCAAGCAAAAGAAGUCGCUUUGGAAGCCUCAGUGGCUGCCUUGGAAGAUCUUGAGUUUGACGAUCCGCUGUCCGCCGGUGCCCGGACUCAUGCACUCCGACUUUCGAAGGCCAUGAACGAGUCAGCAAUUUAUCUGCGCCAACUAGUUGAUGAACGACGCUGGGGUCCGUCCGUCUUGUUCAUUACCGAUGUGGACUUGGAUCCUACCUUUUGGCUGGCCAACAAGGGUGAGCAAAAUUAUCCUAAUCUGGACAAUGUAUCGGAUCUGGCCAUUACUCUUGGAUGCAGCGCGUACGCCAAUUUUGUUGAGGCUGAGUUGCAACCAGAAGCUGUGCUACAUCAAACUGAAGCCGUGUGCCCUCGUGCUACGCACCCAGGCCGUGGUUUGACCCUCAUGCCUCUUCAUGGACUGAACGUGUGGUCCCUCGUCCAACACAACACUGUCGUGUUCACUCUGAACGCGCUUGACCGUCUGGAGGAGCGCUUGCUGCGGGCACAGCGAACGAUCCAUCGACAAGAUUUCGUACCAUGGACUCCUCCAGCCCCGGCCGAUUGUCUGGUAGCCGUAGAGGAUGAACUAACCCGAGAAGCUGAUGAGGACCAGCUCACCUAUCGUGGUCGGCGACAUUUUUCCGGACCUAUAGGAUCCUAUUAUUGGAAGAGAGUGACCGUUUCGUAGAGCAGAUCAUAGUGUAGACACAACCUCGGCGUGCGCGUAAAUGUUGAUGCGCUUUUGUACAGUGUGAGUAAACGCG